AUGGUGAUGGAGCUAGGAUUUCGCGAGCGCGUCUCUCUAGCUGGGAUAGUCGUUCUCCUCUGCGUCUGGUAUUCCUACAAACGCCCGUUAUCAAAACAAGAGAGUGAACAAACAACAUCGGUGAAAAACGUCUCCCCAAAAGAAGAUGAGUUUGAAAACCGCCCUCCGAUCGACGUAUUGUACCCUAGUCCCAAUUCUCAGGACGCAGAGGAAGCGGAAGUAGACAUUGUUGCUGUGCACGGCCUAGGCUCCCAGGCAGAUUGGUCAUGGACCUGGAAGGACGAAACCCAAGCCAAUGGUAAGCCACGGCUGGUGAAUUGGUUAAAGGACAAGAACAUGUUGCCUAGCGUGGUGCGCAAAACAAGGAUACUGUCGUACAACUAUGAGUCGAGAUGGCACAAAAAUGCCUCCAAGACACGAUUGCAAAUCUGCGGCGAGGAACUGGUGAAUGCAGUCCACGAUUUUCGCAAAGGCAUCAGCGAUCGGCCCCUCAUCUUCAUCGGACAUAGUCUGGGCGGAAAUGUGAUUCAGCAUGGUCUGAUGUACUCGGAUUCUGAGCCGAAGUUUCAGUAUUUGGUCGAGGUCACAGUUGGCCUAAUCUUCCUGGGCUGUCCGUUCAAAGGAUCCAAGAUCCAGGAAAUGGCGUCUGUGGUGACCAGCUUUUUGCAGGUCGCUGGAUCUGACAGCGGCAUCAUAAGAGAUCUCCGGUAUGGAGACCCUGUCUUGUUGGACAAGAUAGAUGUGUUCCAGCGGCUUCUGGAGAGGAACACCAUUCCAUUCUGUGCUUUCAUUGAACGCAAAGAGACGGACUACGGGAAGAAGAUAGGACUCACCGGUAUUUGGAAGGAACUGGUUGUGGACGAAGAGUCCGCCGGGGCCUUGGGGCCACACAAAUUCCACCUCAAUACGGAUCAUUUCAAAAUCAACAAGUUCUCUGGACCACUUGAUCGAUCUUUUCUCACGGUCUCUUCUCAGAUCAAUGAGAUGUUUACCAAUUGGAAACCACUAGUUGAAAGUCGAAAGGCUGGGUCAAACCGCCCCGGAGCUCAGAGAAAGUUGAUGGAGACCAAGGAGCGGCACGAGAAGAUCGUGCAAUUCCUGGCAAAGUUCGACUUCUCCGCGCGAUACCGCGACGUGUUCUCUGCUAGACACAAAAUGACAGGCCAGUGGUUCGUGGAAGCUGAGACUUUCAAGACCUGGGUGGACAGAAUCGGGCAGCGCCUUUGGUGUCCCGGUAUUCCCGGCGCAGGGAAAACAGUCCUGCUCGCGGUUGCAAUAAACCAUCUACAGGAAAGGUUUUUCAAGCCAGAUGAAGUUGUUCUUUUCGCGUUUUGUGAUUACAAAGACCAACAAAACCAAAGUGCGGAAAACAUCCUGCUUUCGCUCUGGAGGCAGCUGAUGCAGAAGCGCGUGCUCGGUGAGCUCGAGUGUGAGUAUCUUGAAACGACAUACUUGAAGAGAGGAGUUUUUCCCACGACCGACGCCCUGGUAAAACUGCUCUCCGAUGAAAUUAGCAAAUACUCACGCGUCUUUAUCCUCCUGGACGCUCUCGAUGAGCUUCGUACCGAAAACCGUGAUUCGCUACAAUAUCUUCUGCGACAACUACCAGCAAAGAUUAAUUUGUUGAUGACAUCGCGUGUACCCAAAGAGACCACCUUGGAGUUCCGGGAUGUCCCCCAGCUCGAGAUUCGCGCGAGAGAUAGGGAUAUUACGGACUAUAUCAAUGGCCGCCUGGAUUCUGUCUCAAAACUGCGCUCCAAGGUGGAACAUAACCACAAGCUGAAAGAGGAGAUCAGGAGCACUAUUACGAAGAAAGCCGACGGAAUGUUUCUGCUUGUCAAGCUCCAUCUGAAUUCAUUGGCAUCCAAACAUACAGUCAAGGAGAUGAGAACUGAUUUGAGGAAUCUGCCGGAAGGAGAGAAUGCCAUAUCAGACACCUAUGAAGGUGCUUUUUCUCGCAUUCGCGAUCAAACCCGCGAAGAUCGCGAGCUUGGAGAGAAGAUCAUCAUGUGGAUCUCCCAUGCGCAACGGCCGUUGACGAUGAAAGAUUUGCAAUCAAUCUUAACCUUGCAAGAAGAAGAUACGGAUUUAGACUUCGAUGACUUGAUCCCAGAGGAGUUUCUCGUCUCUACCUGCGCCGGUCUGGUCACUGUUGAAAAUCUCUCCGGGAGAAUUCAAUUCGUACACUCUACCGCACAGGAAUUUGUGGAUUCCACCAAAUCAACAAGGUACCCCGACGCGGACCUGAAAAUCGCACAUUCGUGCCUUCACUAUCUAUCGUUGUCAAUGUUUUGCAGAGAGACAAAGGAAAUCCAUACCACAUCCUUCACGAAGACUGUGUCUCGCUACCCAUUUCUCGAGUAUGCGGCACUGUUCUGGGGGAUCCACGCGGGACAUGCGGAGAGCGUGACGGCCAAGUCUUUGAUCGAGAAAUCAGUCAGAAAUUUGUUCAACCUCAGGCUGCAAUCUGCGUUUGCCAUCCGGACCCUGCUGUGCGGCGUGGCGGGGAUUGAUGGCGCUGAGAUGGGAGACAAUCUGGCACGGAAUGACCGAUCUGUCAAACUCAUCAAUAUCAUGGCCUACUUUGGAUUGGACUUUAUCGUCUCUGAGUUGAUUUCUAACCGACCAGAAACCAUAGUGGAAUCAUUCGACCACUUCGUCGGCAAUGUCCUACAUUGGGCAGCUCUUGGCCAACACGACACUACUUUGAGACUCUUGCUAUGCCAUACCUCCGCUGGUGAUGUGUUAAAUCAAAAGGGAUACAGCGAGUUUACCCCGCUUCAUCUGGCUCUGGUUUACAGACGAGAUCUUUCCGCCGAGAUCAUCCUUGACUAUGGGCCUGAUGUUCAGGUGAAAGCCCAUUUCGAACAUACGCCUUUGCUAGUGGCGUCUCUCACUGGAAACAGUGGUAUCAUCCCCAAGCUUCUCUCAGCUGAUACAGAGAAGAAAACAUUGCUGAUGCAAGGACAUGGAUCAACGACUCCCUUCCGCGCGGCUGCCAUGUGGGGGCAUAAGGACGUGAUGGUCGAAUUACUACGAGCCUUGGAGGGAUGUGAAAUCAGCGAAGAAUUAUAUGAGCUGAGAGAUGACCUUUGGAGAAACCCAAUGCACCAAGCAGCUGAAGGUGGCCACCUAAGCGUUUGUGAAGUGUUGCUCCGGUCCAAGCAUGGUGUGCAGCUUGCGACAAGUGAGGAUGAGUGGUCAAUGAUACCAAUGGACCUGGCCAUCUUGCAUGGUCACGUUGAGUUGGCUGAGCUUUUCCUGAACUGGGAUAACCGAAGCUUGCUAGCCAAUGAUCCUGGCUCCGUUGCGGGAGCACUCACCUUGGCCGCUCAUUUUGGACAGCCUAUGGUCGCAGAUAUGCUACUGGCUCGGCACCCGGAGGCUUGUGCGUCGGACUUCCGCAAUUUCACACCUCUUCAUCACGCGGCCUACAGUGGCUCAGUUGAAACUGUGAAGGUGAUCAUGGGAUUUCCCGCCGGUAUCUCAACAUUAGAAGCCAGAGAUAAGUCUGGGAACACACCUCUUGUGGGAGCUGCUGCCCGGGGACAGGCGGAGACCGUGGAAUAUCUUCUCCAAAUGGGCGCUGACAUCAAUGCCAAAGAUGAAAACGAAAUGACUGCAUUACAUGUUUCCUGUCAAAGAAAUCUUGACCAAGUGGUGAAGACGCUUCUUCUUCGGAGUGAUUCUGAUAUUGACUUGGAUGCCAAAACAUCAGAAGGAAAGACAGCACUUGCCCUCGCGAUUGAAUCUCAGGUCCCAGAGGCAGUCAAGCUGCUCCUCAAGAAGGGAGCAAAGAUUCCCGACGGAGUAGACCUGCCUGAAAGUAUUGGAAAGUUGGAACAGUACUACCCGGAGACACCAGUCGACCAACUCAAAGCAUACUUCUAUCUCAAGCAAGCCUCGAGACAAAAGCUUUCUCAGCCUUUGAUCUCUAACAUUUUGGAUCUUGCAGAAUACUGGAUAGUCAACAAAACCGAGCGCUACGAGUCAAAACUAGCUACUAAUCUUGACGGUGACACAUUGGUCUACUUGCGAAGUCCUCCAGUCCAAGGGAAUCUCCACCACCCCGUCAGACGGAUUGAAUAUGAAGUCAUCAGUCACGACCAGGGAUUCAGUGGCGAUUACCACGUGCACGGAACAUAUGAAUGUUCUCACACUUGGUUUGAUGCGAGUCGUGAGUGCAGUCCCGGUCCCUUCCACGGCUCGGCUAGCCGGCUGUUGGGGCCGAUGAUGUUGCGAAACGUCCACGCCAGGAGUGAUUGGCACACGCAUCGUAUAACAUGGUGUUGCAUUCGCGGUGCAAGAACCGUCCAUGUGCGCACGGAUGACGAAACGAAGGAAGAGAUUGAAGAGGCUGUGACGACUGUUCAGCCCGACCAUCGAAACCCGAGGCCCGAGCCGGUCAAAUGGAUCACGGAAAUCAAUCCAGGCGAGCGACUUCUGAUGACGGCCAUGGCCCAAUUCCCAGGAUGGGCUAAUUAUGUACAACGCGCCAAGAUUGUUGUUUAUACCAGUUGUCUUAAAUCCAGUGGUCUUUAUUAA